AUGCAUCGACAGGAAUUUGUCCUUCCGAUAACCUACAUUUACUAUCCCAUUCUCGCAGCCCUUCAGGUCCCCAUAAACCUAGUGGCCAUCGUGAUUCUGUACAGAGGAAAGUGCGGUCUCUCCAAAUGCAUUACUCGCUACCUGGUGGCCAUGGCAGCGGCAGAUCUGAUGGUGGUUAUAUUUGAUGUGAUAUGUUACCGCACUGGAUACAUUUACUUUGCCUCCACGGUGCUGAACAUCACCCCGGUUUGCCGCGUCAAUAUAGUCCUAUUUAAGGCCGCCACAGAUUGCUCUGUGUGGUUCACAGUUGCGUUCACAUUCGAUCGCUUCACAGCCAUUUGUUGCCAAAAGCUGAAAGCAAUGUUUUGUACUGAACAAACUGCGGUCAAGGUGAUCGGCACAUUCUUUACCAUAAACUGUUUGACGACAAUUGGGAUAUAUUUUUCAUUCGGUCCUCGCUACGUUAUUAACAACGUCUCAUGGGGAUGCAUCCACACUGAGAGCUUUAAUUUGUUGCUUGGAUGGAAAAUCUAUGCCUACAUUAUAUACUUUUGGAAUCCUUUGCUCCCAUUCCUGUUGAUUCUGCUCUUCAAUGCUCUGACUAUUAGACACAUACUGGUCAGCAGCAAAGGCCGUGUAAGACUCCAAGCUGGCAAUAUUGGCGGGAAGCGGAAAGAUUCCGAGAUGGAGAGUCGCAAGAAGUCCAUUAUUUUACUCUUCGCUGUUUCAGGCAGUUUUAUUCUCCUCUGGAUGACUUACGUGGUCAAUGGCAUAUACGGCCGAAUCUCGAAAAACUACUAUUACUCAGGUUUCAACGAUCCGUUGUUCGUCAGACAAGAAGUGGGUAUUAUGCUCCAGCUCUUCAGCUGCGGCACCAACACGUGCAUUUACGCGGUGAGCCAGAGGAAGUUCAGGGAGGAGCUCAGAAAUGGUGUGGUCUGCCAAUUCGCUCAAUUACUAAAAGUAAUAGCCUUGGGAAAGCAUUGA